UGCAUUCGAUUGUGCGCCGCACAAGCCGAGGGCCGAGGCAUUCGGAAGCAGAUCCGAUCGGAGUCGGUACUUCGAAGAAAUAUUUGGUUACGUGUGGACGGCACAUUCAUUGCGUUCACUGUGAAUCGCUGUCUCGUUCGUCGCGUCGGCAAACUCCGUUCGCGAAGAAAAACGAAGCAAGGCGAGACCGAACGAGCAUACGUAUGUGGACGUAUGACCGAGGCGCAGCAAACUGCAUUCGGCUGAUCGCCGCACAGACCGAAGUAUUCGGAACUCGAGCCGAUCGGAGUCGGUACUUCAAAGAAACAUUUGGUUACGUGUGGACGGCAUAUUCACUGCGUUCACUGUGGAUCACUGCUUCGUUUUUCGCCUCGACAGACUACAUUCUCGAAGAAAUAUUUUAAACGAGGUAUACGUUCGGCCUCGACUUGCCUUCGCGUUCGUACUUAGAUGAAUACGCGGCUCUAAGUUGGAGUUUUAAUCUUUUACAAUGACCUGGGAGAAUAAGCAAACUUUGAAAUUCAUCAAAGAGUACGAAAAACGGCCCAUUUUGUGGCAGAAAAGCGAUAAAAAUUAUUAUAAUGUCGUUAAAAAGGAAAAUGCUUGGCGUGAACUAAGUGCAAUUUUUGAUAAAGACAUUGCAGUGUUAAAGAAAAAAAUUGAAAGUUUGCGAGGGUCCCGGCGAAGAGAAAAAACCCGUAUGAUAAACAGUACACGUAAAGGUCGGGCUAAUGUUUACAUUUCGAAAUGGUUUGCUUGGGAAAGCUUAAUGUUUCUGGACCACCCAAAAAAGAUUCGACCAACAGUGCCGAAUUAUGACGCCGAAGUGACGGCCGAAGACCCAAAGGAGGCAGAAGAAAGCACAGAUGACCAUGAUGACGAUGAGCAGGUCAACGAAAAUAAUAAUACAGUCAGCCACCCAAGCACCCCACCCUCAAAAGCACUUGUAUCACCCAAAAAGUCGGUGCCAAGAAGAAAGUGCUUUAAGCAUCCUCGGAUCAAUGAUGCUUUUCAUAUUUUGAAACGUACAAUACAGUCGAACAGAACAAAAGAUGAUAGUUCCAUAUUUGGUGAAUAUAUUGCAGAAAAACUACGCAAGCAUGAUCCGAGAACUCGUAUGAUACUGCAGCAUCAAAUACAUAAUCUUCUCUUUCAAGCCGAAAUAAACCCGGAACAAUUAUCAAUGCCAUAGCAAAUGCAAUCGCCAUCUAGUCUUAUGUAACUGCCGAUUCGAACUCAUGUCAUCACGUUUUACCAUACAAGCUCAACAACUAGUUGAACUUAUCAGACUAUAAUUUGUUUGCAAUAUUGCCAGUCUUAUCUUACAUCUUACCUCUUCCGUCACCUCAAGUAGACCUAACGACUAUAGAAUCUAAAAAUAGCGGACGUCUCAGUGUGUUGUAAACUUUGUAUUCCAGAUAUGACAUUCGUUAAUUAUUGAAAUAAACAAAUGAGAUAA